UGGUGAACGAUGAAAGCGCGUUUCGCAAAGUUCGCUUGGACUAGUGAUCUUACUGCUUUCCGUGUAACGUUGAGCUGCUGGUGCUUGCUGCCGUUACUGGCUGCCAUACUUGCUGCCGAUACUGUGCCAGUGCACCCUCAGAGGACCCAACCUCGGGAGCCACAACCCUAACCAGAUCGCCGGCUACAGUAAAUCCGGGACGCCACCAACCGAUCUAGACCUCAGUAAUCCCCAUUUAGUAACUUUCUGGAAGUUUGUGAACUUCGACGGCUGCUUUGGCUCUGUUACCUGCUGCAGUCUGCAGCACUUGACUUGGGAAUGGAGUCGUAUCUGAAUUUCAAGGUGCG